CUCUUAUUGACCAACACAGGGAUCUGGAAGGACAGUGGCUAUUCACCUCAUUCUUCAAUUUUUCUAUUUUCUAGGGCAAAGAAGUGUGCAGCACCACAAACAAUGCUCCUGUUGCGAGAGGCUCAGAAGCUGCAGGCUCUGUACCAGUCCCUGGCCAAAAGCAUCCCGGAGUCCCUGAAGGUAUAUGGCUCCAUUUUCCACAUAAGUAGGGGAAAUCCUUUCAACUUGGAGGUUCUAGUAGACUCCUGGCCAGAGUAUCAAACCGUCAUUACUCGGCCUCAGAAAGAGGAAAUGACUGAUGACAUGGAUCACUACAUAAAUUGUUAUCACAUCUUCUCCAAAACUCCUGAGAGAUUACCAGAGAUCCUGGAAUCUAAUAAAGUCAUUAACUGGGAUCAGAGUCUCAGAAUCCAAGGUUUACAACAGAGUUUGGAUGAGAAGAUAAAAAGUGUUGCAGCUUCAAAGUCAGUGCAAAUAGAUUAUUCCAAGUGUGUUCUCUAUAUAACAGAAGCUACGCUGCAAAUGAAAUCUUACAAUAAAAGAAUAUUUGGGAAAUCCCAGGAAACAGAUAACCAAAACACUGGAAAGUUUAAGAGUGAAGUUGAUAAGUUCAAAACUACCUUCCUGGAUGUCUCUCAUUCUGAGCUGGUGAACAAAAAUUGGAAAUUUGGAAAGAAUGAGAAGAGUCUGAGAUAUAUCAAAAGAUGCAUCCAGAACUUUCCUGCAUAUUGUUUGCUUGGUCCUGAGGGGAAUCCCAUAUCCUGGAAUGUGAUGGAUGCAGCCUGUGAAUUAAGAAUGGCUUAUACCCUGCCAGAAUAUCAAGGCAGAGGCAUGCUAAGGGAGAUGAUGAUUCCAUAUAUGAAAUAUCUUCAACAGAACGAGAUUCCUUUUUAUCUCUUUGUGGAAGACAAGAAUGAAAACUCCCACAAAGCAGUGAGGCAUCUUGGUUUCCAAGCUAUGCCAUGUGGUUGGCACCUAUGGAAAAGUAUCCCAACAAGAUUUCAGCAAUUGCCUCAUUUCUAAUUCAGGCUAUAGAAGUCUCCAGUUGCACACUCCACUUGUAUUUUAUAAUAUCUUAUUUCAACAUUGGAAUCUCCCUAUCUUGCCCAGAUUAGGAGGGCAGCAGCCAUUCAUGGUCCCAGCCCCACUGCUGAUAUGUACAGAAGCUUUGACUGGCUCAAAUUCCAACCUGGGCCAUUUUGUCCUUUCUUCAGUGUCUUGGUGGUCCCCUGACCUUAGAGGCCAGAAGUAAUUCAGACAUCUGAUUGAAGUCAGUGUUAUUGCAGAGCAGAACUCCUGAGCUCAAGUGAUCCCUCAACUCAGCCUUCCCUUAACCCAGCAGACAACAGAGAUAUGGGCUACCAUGUCCAGACUCUUCCCUAACUUUUCACAUAGUCAUUAGAGACAGCACCAUUGAGGUCAGCCUUUGAAUAUGGGAGAUGAUUGCCCUCAAUUUAGUGAGCCUAUGUUUACAGAGUGAACUCAAGCACUGCUCAUACUUCAAACUAACUCCUUGAAACUUCUCUGGCUGUUUCCCAUGUCUGAAAUGCUCUCUCUUCUCAUCUCCACUUUCUAGCUUCUUUUGCUUCCUUUAAGACUUUAAGAAUCAGAUCUUCUUUGGGAGGUUUCACAUAGUUGUCCCUCUCCAUCCCCCUUCAUUGCUAGAGUCUUUUCCAACCAGAUUAUCUGUCAUCUACUCUGUGGAUAUCUCAUAUUACAUGUUUCUUACAUGUCUCCCACAAUAUGGCGGCACCAUGUGUGCUAGGCUUAGAAUCAGGAAGACUCAUCUUCAUGAGUUCAAAUCUUGCUUCAGACACUUAGUUGCUGGGUGAACCU